AUGUCUGCCGAAGGUGUUUCUGAAAUCGAAGAAUCUCAAAUCCAAACCAACUAUGACAAGGUCGUCUACAAGUUCGAUGACAUGAACUUGAAAGAUGAACUAUUGAAAGGUGUUUACGGUUACGGUUUUGAAGAACCAUCUGCUAUUCAACAACGUGCUAUCUUGCCAAUCGUUGAAGAACAUGAUGUCUUGGCUCAAGCUCAAUCUGGUACCGGUAAGACUGGUACUUUCUCCAUUGCUGCUUUGCAAAGAAUCGACAGUUCUAUUAAAGCUCCACAAGCUUUGAUUUUGGCUCCAACCAGAGAAUUGGCUUUACAAAUCCAAAAGGUCGUCAUCGCUUUGGCUUUCCACAUGGAUGUUAAAGUUCAUGCUUGUAUCGGUGGUACUUCUUUCGUCGAAGAUACUGAAGGUUUGAAGGAUGCUCAAAUCGUCGUCGGUACCCCAGGUCGUGUCUCUGACAACAUUCAAAGACACAGAUUCAAGACCGACAACAUCAAGAUGUUCAUCUUAGAUGAAGCUGAUGAAAUGUUGUCUUCUGGUUUCAGAGAACAAAUUUACCAAAUCUUCACCAUGUUGCCACCAACCACCCAAGUCGUCUUGUUGUCUGCUACUUUGCCAGGAGACGUUUUGGAAGUCACCACCAAGUUCAUGAGAAACCCAAUCAGAAUCUUGGUUAAGAAGGAUGAAUUGACUUUGGAAGGUAUCAAACAAUUUUACAUUAACGUCGAAGAAGAACAAUACAAAUUCGAUUGUUUAAGUGAUUUAUACGAUUCUAUCUCCGUCACCCAAGCUGUUAUCUUCUGUAACACCAGAAGAAAGGUCGAAGAAUUAACUCAAAAAUUGACUGAAAGCAACUUCACUGUUUCUUCCAUCUACUCCGAUUUACCACAACAAGAAAGAGAUGUCAUCAUGAAGGAAUUCAGAAGUGGUUCUUCAAGAAUCUUGAUCUCUACCGAUUUGUUGGCUAGAGGUAUCGAUGUCCAACAAGUCUCCUUGGUUAUCAACUACGACUUGCCAACUAACAAAGAAAACUAUAUUCACAGAAUUGGUAGAGGUGGUCGUUUCGGUAGAAAGGGUGUUGCUAUUAACUUCGUUACUAACGAAGAUGUUGGUGCUAUGAGAGAAAUUGAAAAGUUCUACUCUACUCAAAUUGAAGAAUUACCAGCUGAUGUCGCUGAAAUGUUCACUUAA